CAACACCUUGGCCAAGACAGUUCUUUACGAUAUCAGUCUUCGCAGAAAGCUAGGAAUGGCUAACCUUUCCCUUCUGUUGGUUUUACAAGUCGUCCUCUUUGCGAAUGGUGUAAUGUAAGUUUCCUUGCUGUUUCCAGUAUAAAAUAGCAAUCUUUAUUUUAAUACCUUUUGCAGCUUGUACAGUUGUGGAGUCAUUAUACUCGCAAUCUAUACUGUGUGUACAGUGUACAUUUUGUACCUCAAUGAUUAUCAUACAUAUUUCUUUAAAACUAAUCAAUUCAUUCAUUUUAUUUGUAGUUCAAUACAUGUUCGUCCUUCAAAAUUUGACUUUGGCCAUUUGGCCCGCGAGCUAGAUGAACAAGAUAUCUUCGGACAAGAUGAAAGAGGGGUACCACAUCUUGACUUAGCAAAGUUCUUCGAUAGAAUAAACGACUUUGCAGACCAAUCAGCGAUGAAGAAAGAAAUUGAAGAGGACUCGGAAUAUCAUCCAUGGAAGAAAGAAGACGUGGAGAAGCUCACCAAUCUCGCCAUGAACGAUGAGAAUGUGGUGUCAGAAGCUCCAACAGAAUGUAAGUAAACUUUAUCAAUAUUCGAUUUCUAUGUUCAGAAUAUAAAUGUUACAGUGUUGCAACAGUAGGUAUGCCUAAAACUGCAUCCAGUUGUUUUAUAUUUUGAUAUUAUGAAUACAGUGUGAUAUAUAGCUUUUAGCUUUAUUACGUUUGUAAGACCAAAAGAAGCCACCGACGCCUAAUUAGCAUCGACUCAUGCGUUCAUACGUGUAACUAUAGAAGUGCAGGAAAUGAUAUGAAAUGAUAAUAAUGAAGGCCUUUUUGCCUUGAGUGUAAAUUUGAUACAUUUAUUAGACCUAACUCGGAGCAGCUGCGAAAUAUGCAACUAUACGCCAUCUGGCAUGAAUCGAACCUGCGGUCCUGCGAUUCUGGUGCAGCGCACUAUUCACUAACCAACAGAUCCAGUUGUCGACCUUAAACCACAAGUUCAUGUACAUAUACAGCUAUUUCAAUUAAGGUUGUCAUGUUAAUUGUACAUUCCAAGGCGCGAACAGCAACAUUUUUUCUAAUUGUUAUUUUUAGCUGUUUAUGGUAGCCUAUGACCAUAGCUCCUUUUUGUUUUUCUUGCAAUUCCCAGGGAUAUACAUGAUUUGUAAUACAUUUCAUGCACCCUAUAAAAUAUCUUAUUCCAUUAAACUCGAGCGAUAUGUUAAUAAGCGUAGCUUAUUCCCAAUAUACUUUUGGUGCUUGGAUUGUACAUUUGACUAUUAUUUGCUUUUGACAACCUUAAUUGUAGCCUGUAUAUACUAACUAAAGGUGAUGCCAAUGAGGAUUUUGGGCAUCUGAAAAUGUAUAUUAAAAUUUAUCCUAAUAAAGACUAUCUCAUAUUAUUGACAAAUUCGUAUUUGUCAGUGAUUCGUAUGAGGUAUUGAUUUUGACUGAGGUUGAACGCACUUCCCCCCACUCCACCCCCUGCCCUCCGAAAGAAAAUAAUCUUUGGUGGCAAUGUUCCAGCAAGAAUCAGUCGUAAAGGGCAACUAAUUUGUGGUCACAAGUCGCAGUCAUUAACUCGUCAUCCGGUCAGUCUAAUAUCAGACUAUCUGAUAUUUAUCAACACUCGUGGAAAUUGGGAAAACGAGAAAUUGUGUGGAAACACGACGCCCGAAGGACGGAGUGUUUUCACACAAUUUCGAGUUUUCCCAUUUUCCACGAGUGUUGAUAUAACUAUAUAUCAAUACGGAAAAAAGUUUUAUAUUUGUUUUAUAAUAUAGCACAAAGAAACAUAAAGAAAGAAAUUUUCCGACGUUUCCGUGUUGACAUUGAGUUAUAUCAACACGGCUCUUAGCCAAUCAGCGUACAUAAUUUACAAAUGCUAUAUUAUAAUAACAUUUAUUUACAUGACAUUUUUUAUUAUAUAAAUUACUUGCUUACAGUACAAUGAGAACACGAACUAACUUUGUAUAUGCUGGUUAUUUGCAAUAAGUUAAAAAAUUGCAUCAAUGGUUAUGAUUAGUCAGCUUUUAAAUCCCAUGGGCAUGCACUAUAACUUUGCUUAAUAGAGUUAAUUUCUUUUAUGUCAUAAUUGGCAUUUUGAAACUAAUUCAUCUCUCAGGAAGUUGCAUCUUUGGCGCUCAUGCAGAAAUAAUAAAAUUCUAGAGCAUUAAUUGUAAUGAUAGUCAAUCCAGACUGAUUUUUAUGAAACUUGUGCACAGUACCAUCCAAUGGCAUCACCUCGUCGAAUCACUCAACCGUACUGUUGAAUGUUCAUGUGCAAAAUUGCAAAAGACUUCAUCACGAUUAUAUCGUCUCAACAUAAAUUCGUAGCUCAGUAUAUGACACUUUGAAAUUUACCGAGUUUCCUGCAGACCAUAUCUCGAUAUGACCAUAGGGCGGAGUUUGCUUCGUUGGCCAUUGGCACGUUCAAAAUGCUGUCAUUUUUCAUCAUUCAAAACGGAAAAUCCUCAAUUUUUUCCACAAGAAAGAGUAAAACAGUUAAGAUUGUCGACAGAACAAGGAAAAAAACUUGAAGGCAUUUCAAUUGAAGCUAUAUAUUCGGUAUAUGAUGAAAUAACAACUGUUCUUGGUUUUUGCACAUGAAGUUAGCCCCCAUUAGCAAGCUUAGAAAUGUCCCUUUCGUUUGACUAAAUAUCCCGCCUCUAUUCUGCCGCCUCUAUUCUUUUUAUAAUCUCUGUGAUAUCACCACUCUACAGGGUGUCUAAAAAGAGGAUCAUUUAGAAAUUUAUCGUAUUGUUAUAAUUCGACUGCCUGAGCCUAUGUCUAUGCUGAACCCACGGAUGUGUAAAUUUUGACAGCUUGCAUAUAUUAAAAAAGGAGACCUUUAGAUAUUAAAGUAUCCUUGUUAAGCACAAGAUUUUCUGCUCCUGGGAAUUUAAAAUUUGGUUUAGAAAACGCGAGAAAUGCAGUCCUAGAGCUUCAAAAAUGUAAAAAAUUUCAGACCCCCCUUUUCUUCCGAAACUUAGUAUGACAGUGCAAAUCAAUCACAAAAAGCUUUAUCAAUAAUUAUUACAUAUCAGGCCGUAAAUUUGUAACGUUGAAGUUCAAAUUUCAGGUGAAAUCCUCCGACAUGCAUCCCCUCCCCCCCCAACAGCACCUAAUUCAUAUGUUGAACGAAACCAAAAACUUUCAAAUAACUCCAUGCAUAAAAUUCGAUUGAAUUGUGUUUACGCACCCACGGGUUCAGUAUAGUACUCAGGCAUUCAAAUUAUAACAAUAAAGUGAAUUUCUAAAGGUCUCCUUUUUUGACCUAAUUUUAUGCAGGACUCUAAUUCUCUAAACAUAUAUGAAAUAUGUUUUUCGGAUAUUCUGAUUGAUUGAUUGAUUGAAAUGCUGUUGUGAAAGUAUUUUAAAAAUUAGGUGCACGUUUUGUCUAAAAUUGAAAAUAGGGAGACAGUCUUUUAGUUGCCAUUGAACAAAAACCCGAUAUUCAAACAUAAUUAUUUUAUCUUAGUAUUGGAAGAAUUGAUGGACAACAAUGUCAUAAACAAGGCUUUGUCUAUAGCUGGACAGACGCAGAAGGAAGGUGAGAUCAAUAUACAACUAAUCCAUGCAGUUUUGCCUAGCUUGCAUUAUAGCAAGAUAGCUUGCAGAUGAAAACAGCACUAGGCUUGUGCAAGUAUUUAUAGAGGUAUUUACUUAUAGGAAUUACGCCUGGUGUUGUAUUUAGGAGCUUAUAAUUAUGUAUUGCGGGAUGAAUGUCGGAUGAAACGAGGAUGAGUGUGCAUAAGAGUUAGCAAUCACGCGACCUUGGUUACCGGUUCUUAAUGGACGAGUUAUAAAUUGCGUUUCCCAAACGAAGUUUGGCAUCGCUUUAUAUUUGUUGCGUGAGUUUGUUAACCUGUUAGUUUGUUAGUCUGUUAAUUUAUUAGUCUGUUAGUUUGUCCGGAAUCAUAAGCAUUGGUCUUCGCGCGAGAGAACCAGAGAGGUGUCUGGUUAUGAAACUUUGAGCAAUGCUUGGUAUGCCUUAGUUUGGUACAUUCCAUUUUCGUGAUUCGGUGUGAAUUGAUAAGUUGAAAAAAAGAAAUCAAAUUAGGUCAGCGGCAAUAAUUGGUGGUCCCAUCGUUGUCAUGUCCUAUGUGUAAACUUUGCGCAGAUCGAGCUCUUUAGACUAUAUGCCACCUAGCUGAGAAGUUUUGUUCUGUUCUCUCAUUUUAACCCCUUAAUUUUACAGCCUUUUUUAUCAAUUAAUUUAAUAAAUAAUGUAUUUAAUUUAAACUUUAGAUGAAUGCCCAGUUGGUACAAUAUACACUUAUAUGAGGAGUGGUAAAUUGAAGAAAUGUUUCAAUUUGACCAUUGCAAAGAUUGUAGUCAGACUUCUGAAAUACAAACUGACUUCACCAUUGGAAAAUCCGCCUGAAUUCCCGACAGAGACAAAUAAUUUGAUCGAAGCAAUAGCAGCUCCCGUACUGAAUCAGCCGUCUGCUCUAGUUGUCGUAAAUAGUUUGAUUGAAGGCUUGAAAACCUACAAUAUUAAGAAUCCAUUCACGCUUACAUGGCCAUUUUUAUGGCUAGGCAAUGCUUUACGAAAUAAACAGCUAUCACUCCAAUAUCUUGCACCUGGAAACGUGCCAAACUUGACUACCUAUGAUGGAUACGCGGCGUUCUUGGAUGAAUAUAGAGAAAAACAAAGAGUAAGAUCACUUUUUGAUCAUAUUUACAUGAUCAAAACGUUGAUUACGUUGAUCAUAUUUACAUGCUAAUUUGCGCUACAUAAGUUUUAAUUAUUAUUAUUAUUCAACAUACCAUGGAGUUUUCUUGAUGCUGAGUGUAUAGUAAUACCACAACGGGCAGGCUGAAAAGUUAGCCUGACCACGGUGGGAAUCGAACCCACUUCCUGUGGGAUACUAGUGUGUAAACUAGUAUCCCACAGGAGUUAUGGAAUGGAAUUUUGAAACUUUGGGACCCGGUGUGGAUAUACACUCAGAGUAACAUCAAAAACAUUAUAUUCACCCGAGUACAUAACAUCAAAAAACACACACAAAAAUAUCAUACCAUGUAGUUGUUUUAUUUUUGUGACCGUUUUGUGGAAAAUAACAGCUGGUAUAUUCUAUUUUUUAUUUUCUAUAGAAAAGAAUUAUAUUUAUCACCAUGACAAUUCCUGCAAGGAACCUAUCCCAUGCAUCCUAAUUUGACUUUCGUUCCUUCGUCUUAAUUUCAGGGAAAACUAUUUGGUAUCUUCCCGGUGAAGAAUUUUAUCCACUAUCCGUUGGUGGAGGACCCAUCCUUUGAAGACAUCACCUGGUCAAACAGAUGGCAGAGUGACGAGGUGUUCACGCAGCAAAGAUUGGCAGGAUUAAACCCGAUGUCUUUGAGAAUCCUGUCCUUGAAUGGUAUGGAAUAUUCAAUAUGAAAUAUUCCAAUGUUCAAAAUGUUGUCUUAGGCAAUAUUCCAAUGUUCAAAAUGUUGUCUCAGGCUUUUUACCUCACCCGUAUAGAUGUGUAUAACACAUUCAUAAUUUACAUUUAUACAAAUAUAUGUCACCAUUGUAAGCCCUGGACGAACCAGAAAUUAAACAUGCAUUGUUACAUAAACAUUUGAAAAUUAUGAUAAUUCUCCGUUUGUCUACCUGGACAAAAAGACAUUGUUGAAAGUUUUUAUGUUUCCGCCGUUUGCGGUCUUGGAAGCAUUGUUGCAGAGACAAGAUCUUCGUCCUACUAGCAAAAAUGUCCCUAAACAAAUUUAAAAACAUAUUUUGAUUCCAAGUUUUAUUUUCGCCGCUGAACGGUUGCUGUAAGAAAUUCUUGUUUGUCCAAUUUGGAUGAACAUGCAAAUAGUCGGUCUCUACAAAAAUAUUUGCCUAACUGCAGAGAUUUAGCAUUCGUUUCUUAAUUUGGUACCAUUUGUUUUUAAUUUUAGAUUCGAUUAUGGAUUCCUUUAACCAGUCUUUUAACUGGGACGAAGCAAUGAGAGAAGUUUCAGGCAUUUCCUUUAAUGAGGUGAAAUGAAAAAGAGGGUGAACGUUCUUGUGUUGGGUACACCAUGAUUGGACAUUCGGUGUUAUAUCUAUGCAUGUUUUGUCAAGUGUACGCUUUCUUUCCUGCCUUGAGUAUAUUUUGGCAUCUCACUAUAAACAUCCUGUGGCGAUGCUGCAAUUUUGUCAUGCAUGUAAACAAAUGGCUGCAGUGCAUCAUGGGACUGAAGACAUAUUUAUUUGCAAACGUUGCAGAUAAACUAAAUGUCUCUUACAUAAUUAACAAUUCUUCUUGAUGUUUUUGACUGCCGGUUUUGACGAGAAUAAUGAAUUAGCAGGUAUUCUGCUCUCAGUGUAGGUUAUAAAAUUACUCUCUUUGAAUUAUUCGCCUUUGUCGAACACCAUAGCACCUUUAAAUUAAGGAGGAAAAAAUUACACCACUAAUACGCGCUUUAUUUUUAGAUGGUUAACAGUGGAAAAGUUUUUGUUCUGGAUUAUCCAUUACUUCAAGGUAUUACCAACAUUGAAGAUAUAGAAGUGAAUGAUCCAAACCGCAGACCAAUGAGGAAAACAGUCAGCCCGAUUACCGUGUUUGCCUCAGUGCCUGGUAACAAUGCUUAUACUGGAAAGAGCGAGAAUACUUUAAAACCUGUGGCAAUUCAGAUGGACAUGAAUAAAGGUAUGGUGGAGGUCAUUGUCUUUGUAAUUUAUUUUCUGCCUGAGGCAGGACAGAUGUUCUACCUUUGCAUGAAAAUGUGUGCUCGUUGGUCCAUCAAUAUCACUAUAAAAGUUAUAAGAAAUAGAGAAUCUCUAUCAAUUCUCAACUUUUAUCAAGAAUAUGAUUACAGCAGAGUGGUAGCUAACUGGGUGGGCCGGCACUCGUGAAAAUUCGUUAAAAAAGGAGUCUGCAACGAAGCAUACGCUUUGAAGAGUGCUGGAAUAUAGACAAAAUAAUCAAAACAGCAUAUUUGGCUGUGUACCGGAUGACUAUAUCAUGCGUCCUUUAUCGCAUCACUUCGUUCGACACGUUCCAAGAAAAAUAGUGAUUUCUUCAGCCCGGAUGAUCUAGAUGAAAUUGUUCGCAAUUUCUUUUGAACUAGUUCAGUGACUAAAGAAGAGUCGACUAUUACAAGAAUGCCUUGCCUUGUUUUAAUCCGCUUUCUGACAAACUCUUUUCAAACCUAUUUUGUGACGCACCUCAAAUACCUACACUUACGUACUUUAAUAAAUUUGGAAAACAAGGGGCGCACAAAGACCGCCUAGUUAGUUGGUAGGCAAAGACGAUCAUAGAGAAAGUGAUAGUAUUUUCGCAUUGGAAUGUAUAUCUUUAUAAGAUAUAAUAGCAAUGAUACUAGCAAUUCCACUGGUCCAGGUAAAGGUGGACGUUACGUCCAACCUUCCCUGAGAUUUCAGCGCCUCUGUGGAAAACACACUAUAAGUUUUUCACCCACAAAUUGUUUCACCCACAAGCUUUUCUCAAAUUACUUUCAAUGAUGCAGAUGCUGCUGUUCUGACACCGAAUAAUGGCAGUAAAUGGCUGAUGGCAAAAGAAGAAGUUCAACGUGCAGACAUUGUCUAUGUGGAAAUAAUUGAGCAUCUUUUAAAAACACAUCUUCUUAUGCAACCAAUUUGCACCAUCAUGCACCGAACAUUUUCCAAGUUGCAUCCUUUGUAUCAAUUAUUCCACCCACAUUGCAAAUACCUUGCUGUUACUAACAGUGUCGGGGUUCCUGCUCUCUUUGAUGAAAAUGAAUAUCUUCAUAUUCUCUUCUCUAUUGGUAAUACCGGCUCCAUCAAUCUCCUCAACAAAGGAUACAAAGAAAUGACGUGGGAGGAUACAAAUUUCGAGGAAAAUCUUAAG